AGUUUUUUAGGUGCUGCUAGACCAUUCACUGUUUUUUAAGUUUUUCCAGUUACAGACUAACUCUGCUACCACUCUGAAGCGUCUCACAAGUAUUCCUGCAGGAGAUUAAUAUUUUUCAUACACAGUUUAAGGUUCCAGAAGGAAUUGCUUGAUUAUCGUAUGUGGAAAUCAACAUAAGUCAAGAAUGCCAGCCUCAUUCUUUACUCUGCCAGUUGCAGAUAAAUCCUCUUUCAUGAUGAUAAUGAUGAUGAUAGGUGUUUUAAAUGUUGCAGUUUCUGUGAAUAAUAACCAAAAUAGCGAAAAUAGGGCGACAGUUGAUGUAGUGUCUGGAAGUGGAAGCAAACAGUUUCCUUGGGAUAAAAUAAGGCUUCCAUCACAUGUCAUCCCAGUGCAUUACGAUCUUCUCCUCCAUCCAAAUCUUACCACUUUGACAUUUACUGGAUUUACCAGAAUAGAGAUUACAGUAUACCAACAAACUAGUUCAGUAAUUUUGCACAGCAAGAAUUUGCAAAUUAUCAGGGCUACCAUUCAAAAGAGAGUGGGAAAUAGUCACACUGAAAAAGAAGUGAGAGUUUUGGAAUACCCACCAUUUGAGCAGAUUGCCCUCCUGACAGCUGAACCACUGCAUGUUGGACAAAACUACACUGUUAGCAUUGAAUAUGCUGCAAAUCUGUCAGAGAGUUUCCAUGGUUUUUAUAAAAGCACCUAUAGAACCCAGGAAGGAGAAGUGAGGGUACUUGCAUCAACACAGUUUGAGCCAACAGCUGCUCGAAUGGCUUUUCCAUGUUUUGAUGAACCAUCCUUUAAAGCCAGAUUUUCGAUUAAGAUUAAGAGAGAUCCGAAGCAUCUUGCACUAUCUAAUAUGCCAAUAGUGAAAUCUGUCAGUGUUGCUGAUUGGCUUGUUGAAGACCAUUUUGAUGUUAGUGUAAAGAUGAGCACUUAUCUAGUGGCCUUUAUUGUUUCGGAUUUUAAAUCAGUCAGCAAGAUGACCACCAGUGGAAUUAAGAUAUCGGUAUAUACUGUCCCAGACAAGAUCAACCAAGCUGAUUAUGCCUUGGAUGCAGCAGUGAAACUUUUAGAAUUCUAUGAGAAUUACUUCAGCAUUCCAUAUCCCUUACCCAAACAAGAUCUAGCUGCUAUUCCUGAUUUUCAGUCUGGAGCAAUGGAAAACUGGGGACUGACUACAUACAGGGAAUCUGCUUUGCUAUAUGACCCUGAAAAAUCCUCAGCAUCAAAUAAACUUUGGAUUACUAUGAUCAUAGCCCAUGAGUUGGCUCACCAGUGGUUUGGAAAUCUAGUUACCAUGGAAUGGUGGAAUGAUCUUUGGCUAAAUGAAGGAUUUGCAAAGUUUAUGGAGUAUGUGUCCGUCAGUAUAACUCAUCCAGAGCUGAAAGUUGAAGAUUAUUUUUUAGGCAAGUGUUUUAAUGCCAUGGAGGUGGAUGCAUUAAAUUCCUCACAUCCUGUUUCAACUCCUGUGGAAGAUCCAGCUCAGAUUCAAGAAAUGUUUGAUGAUGUUUCAUAUGAAAAGGGAGCUUGUAUUUUAAACAUGUUAAGGGAUUACUUGAAUGCAGAUGUGUUUAAAGCUGGUCUUGUACAAUAUCUGCGGAAGUACAGCUAUCAGAAUACAAAAAAUGAAGAUCUAUGGAAUAGUCUGGCACAUACUUGUCCUAUGGGUGACACUGAUGAAAGCCAACUACAAGGUGAUAGCUUUUGUGCCAGAAACCAACAAACAUCCUCAAGUGCACAUUGGACCAGGAGAGAGAUUCUUGAUGUGAAGACAAUGAUGAACACUUGGACUUUACAAAAGGGUUUCCCACUAGUAACUGUCACGGUAAAAGGGAAGAACGUCCAUCUGCAGCAAGAGCACUAUAUGAAGGGAUCAGAUUCUUCUUCAUCAACAGGGUACUUGUGGCAUGUUCCCUUGACAUACAUUACUAGUAAAUCUGACACCGUGCAAAGAUUUUUGCUGACAACUAAAACAGACGUCCUCAUUCUCCCAGAAGAGGUGGAAUGGAUAAAAUUCAAUGUGGGAAUGAAUGGUUAUUACAUUGUGCACUAUGAAGAUGAUGGAUGGGAUGCUCUCAUUAGCCUUUUAAAAGAAAACCAUACAGCAAUUAGCAGCAAUGAUAGAGCAAGUCUCAUUAACAAUGUAUUCCAGCUUGUGAGUAUUGGAAAACUAUCAAUUUCUAAAGCUCUUGAUUUAUCUUUGUAUUUGAAACAUGAAUCCCAAAUUAUGCCUGUAUUUCAAGGUAUGGAUGAGCUGAUUCUUAUGUACAAGCUCAUGGAGAAAAGGGAUAUGGAUGAUAUAGAAAAUCAGUUAAAGGGAUACAUAGUCAAUCUUUUUAAAGACCUAAUUGACAAACAGACCUGGAAUGAUGAAGGCUCAGUGUCUGAAAGAAUGCUUCGCAGUUCGCUCCUCCUGUUUGCAUGUGUGCGCAAAUACCAGCCAUGUGUGGACAAAGCAGAAGAAUAUUUUUUUAAAUGGAAGGACUCCAAUGGAACUUUACGGUUGCCCAGUGAUGUUAAAACUGCAGUAUAUGCUGUUGGAGCCCAGACAGUCGAAGGUUGGGACUUCCUUUUUAGUAAAUAUAGGCUACCUUGGUUCAACACUGACAGAAGUCAGAUUGAAGUUGCUCUAAGUAUUACCAGAAAUAAGGACAAACUUCAGUGGAUAAUGGAUCAAAGUUUGUUGGGUGAUGUGGUAAAAACUCAGGAUCUUCCACAUAUCAUUAUAUAUGUUGCUAAAAACCCAUCUGGCUAUCAUCUAGCAUGGACAUUUUUGAAGGAAAACUGGAAUAAACUUGUACAAAAGUUUGAUCUUGGAUCACCUUCUUUAGCACACAUGGUAAUCGGAGUGACAAAUCAAUAUUCUACAAAGGAACAGCUUGCAGAGGUGAAGGGAUUUUUCAGUUCUCUGGAAGAAAAAAGUUCACAGCUCCGCUGUAUCCAACAAGCUAUAGAAACCAUUGAAGAAAAUAUACGAUGGAUGGACAUAAAUUUGGAAAAAAUCAAAAUAUGGUUACAGAAUAACCUGUGAAGAAUUUACUAUUGCAUUUGGCUUUGAAUAUUGAAUGUGAAUUACAAUACAAAGUGAUAAUUCCAAAGAAUCCAUAGCUUUUGUUGUUGUUUUGUGUGAUAAAAUUUACUCACAGGUGAUGACAUGAUGAACCCCAUUCUGUUCCUUUAUAUGAGAUUAGCUAUUGAUUACAAUAGAAGCAAGAUAGAGCUGUAUGUACACACCUUCAAUCGACUAAUAAACCCUCAUCCACAAUUUUAGAGCAAUAAAAAUUGCCCAACCUGGCCUGUGUAAACCGGGGGGGUGGGGUGGGGAGGGCGUAAGGGGAUUUGAAUUCUAAAAAUUUGGAUUUGCAGUUCUAUUUUGAGGAAAAAAUGAAUUGUGAAAUGACAGAAAAUGGGUGAACGUGCAACUGAUCUAUAAAUAGAACUCUCCACAGAUGAGAGCACAAAAGUUUGUAUCCCUUUACCAAAAAUUAGGUAUGACUAAUAAUUUCUGCUCAGGGUAGCCCAGCACUGAAAUAUUUAUAGGCACACUCCUUUAACAUGGAGAUGUAUUGAAAUUAUGAAGGGGAGAGAAUUUCUUAGCACCUACUUUUUAAUAUGUUAUCAGACCAUCAAAAUCAUUUAUAUAAAACACCAUGAGGAGUUUAAGUGUAUCCCAUACCACGGUGUACAGUAUUAGUGUAUAUAUUGCAAUUUAAAUUAAGAUUAGUACACUGCAAAAGUAAGAGGUAUGAAGAAUGCAAUUGAGUAACUUAUUUUUCCAUAGCUCCUCUUUUUAUAAUUAUGGAUAUUGCUUCAUGAGAACAUUUUCUUUAUUGUGCUUUAUUUAACUUGCUUUAUAUUAAAUCUUAUACUUAGAAUUACAUUAGAAUAAAAGGAUAUGUGAUUUGAAUUUGAAUGUUUAACUUGAUCAGUGAUAUUUAAUAUUUUAUAUCGGCAUAAGCGGUAACUUUUGUAUAGGCCUGGGGGAUUUUAUUUGCUCUGAACUAGCUCUUUACCGUAAUGAAAGUGCAUUUUAAAAUAGUUAAUUCUCUGAAAAUAACAUUUAUUUUUUAAAAGUGAUGACUAAAUAUGACUCAUUUUUAUAAUAGGCCUUUUCUCCAAUUACAAACCUAAGACAAAAAGGAGGGAUGGUAAGGCACACAAGGACAGCAAAGUUGAGUGUUUGGCUCUUUCAGAAGGCCUACGUCUACAUUGGCCCCUUCUCCGGAAGAGGCAUGUUAAUUUCCAACUUCAGAAUAGGGAAA